AUGGUUCAUACUGAGAAAGAAAGCAAUGGAUGUGCAGAUGGCAGUGGAAAUGGGAGUGGAAUAGUGGUGUUGAAUAUUGACCUUAGUGCAAAUGGCACUGCAAAAGUUGAAAAUAAUGGUACAAAUUCCACUAGGUUGGCUGGUGAUUCUUUACGUACAUACAAGAGGCGGAAGAGCGUGAAACUCACAGAUUGUGGGAACGUUUUGGGAGAUUCAGUGAGUCAAAUUACUGAAAAGUCAGUGAAGCCAUUAUUGGAUGCAGUUCCAUUCACAAAUUUUAAUACACAAGUUAGUGGUUCUCAGAAAGUAUCUGAUGCUCUUAUGAAUUCCAAUGAUUGCUCCCUCAAGCAACAGAGAAAUUAUGUUCUGGAGCAAAUAUGUCAGACAUUAGAUAGUGAAGGUGGUUUGAAGAAAUGCAUUCAAAAUGCUCUUUUGUUUCAUCCGGGAAGUGGUAGCAGAUCUACUAUUAAGACUGGGUUUGUACGUGACGAUGUCCAAAAUGCAGCUCUAGGCAGUGUAGGUAAAACAUUAAGAAGAUCAGUUAACGAAUCGAAUCAUUGCACUGGCACAGAGCUCUGUCGGUGCAUGUUUUCCGAUAUCAUUAUGUCAGAAAAAUUUGCCCAACUAUGCAGUCUACUGCUCGAAAAUUUUCAAGGAUUGAAGGUUGACAAAUUAUUAGAUUUGAGUCUAAUAAACUCAAAGAUGAAGGAGGGUGCAUAUGAAAGUUCACCAGCGCUCUUCUAUUCGGACAUUCAACAGGUUUGGAAGAAGCUCCAAAAGGUUGGCACUGAUAUGACAACCCUUUCAAAGUGCCUUUCAGAUAAAUCAAUCACUUCUCUUCAUGCACAGGUGGGCAGUUCUGGACACAACAUUCCUGAGGAUUGCAGGCAUGAGUUUCUUACACAAGAAUCUGACGUGCAUGCUAAAGCGGAGCAAACAGAGGCCUGUCCUAUCUUUGAAGUCCGCACUUGCAGGUGUUGUGGAGAGAAGUCAGAUGGAAGAAAUGGUCUAGUGUGCGAUUCAUGUGAGGAAAUGUAUCACGUCUCCUGUAUUGAACCUGCCGUUAAAGAAAUUCCCCUCAGAAGUUGGUAUUGUACCAACUGUUCGGCAAAGGGGAUUGAAUCUCCGCACGAUGACUGCAUAGCUUGUCAGAGACUGAAUGCUUCCAGAUCACUGAUUGAUGCUGAUGGAGAAGAUGACCUCGUGGAUGAGGAAGCACGUAAGGAACUGGAGGAUAGUUCAAAUGAGCUAGUCGGCGAUGAACUUCAGUUGGAAAGGGAGUUUCAAAACUGCAAGGUUUGUGGAGCCGAGGUUAGAAAUGAUGAAGAUUAUAGAAUUUGUGGCCAUUCCUUCUGUUCUCAAAAGUUUUUCCAUGUGAGAUGCUUGACUAGUAAGCAGUUGAAAUCUUAUGGUCCGUGCUGGUAUUGCCAUUCUUGUCUGUGUAGAUCUUGCCUCACAGAUCGAGAUGAUGAUAAGAUUGUUCUGUGUGAUGGCUGUGAUCAUGCAUAUCACAUCUAUUGCAUGCAGCCUCCUCGCACUUGUAUCCCCAGGGGGAAGUGGUUUUGCAAAAAAUGUAAUGCUGAUAUCCAGCGUUUGCGCAGAGCAAAAGGAGUGUAUGAGAAUACACAAAACAAAUCUGAAAAGAGAGCCUUGGAUGGAAUGCUGAAGGGUGAAGAGGGUUUGGAUAAAGACGGUGGUGUUGACAUGCUUUUAAAUGCAGCCAAAACUCUGAACAACGAGGAGAAUCAGGCAGCCAUGGGGUUGAAUAGUUGA